UCCACGAAUCAACAUCUUCUCAUACUAACAUCAAAAAAUUUACGUUAAACAUCAAUUUUUGAAUAUUGUUUUUUUUAAAUUUUUUCUAUUUUGUUAAAUUACUUUUAAAAGAAAAAAAAAUUAAGAGUUUAAACAAGUGAUAAAAAGUGGAAUUGGAUUAAUCACAAUGACAAUGGAAGAUCGUUUGGGAACAGGCAUCGAUCGUCCAUGCGAUGCAAGUAUAACAGCAACAGUUGCUGGUAAUUUAACAACAAAUGCAUCAUAUCCAUUACGUAGAACAUCAAAACGUUCAUUUGAUGUUGCAUUUUUAGUUGCACCUGAUGAAAAAUUAACACGACGUCAAAGAAUUAAUUAUCCAAUAAUUGAUACAAGCCAAAGCUUUAAUCAAUCAGUUAGUCCAAGUUCAAUAAGUCCACCAGUUAAUGACAAUUGUUUUCGUGGUUUUACAUCAAUUUUAAAUCAUCAUAAUCAACAUAAUCAACAUAGUAAUAAUAAUCAUCAACAACAUCAUCAUCAUAAUCAAGAUGAUAUUAUCAGUUCAAGAAGUGCAUUUACAAAAGUUAAUUCAUUGAGUAGUUAUGAUGAAUCAAGAAGUCCACAAAGAUCAUCACCAGGUAGUCCACCAAUUGGUGGAACAAUAACACCACCAACAUGUUCAAUUAAAAAUUUUAAAUAUGGAUCAUUUUCGGCUGUUGCUGUUGCUGCUGCUGCUGCGGCUGCUGCAGCUGCUGCAACAACAACAACAGCAACAACAACAACAGCAACAACAUCAAGUAUAACAGAUGCAAUAAAAUUACGUAAAAUAACAACAAAUUUAAUUGAACAAUCAACAGCAGCAGCAGCAGUUUAUUCAAAUUUAUCAUAUCCACCAAUAUCAGUAUUUCCAACCGCACCAACAACACCACGUCAUUUUCUUGGUGUUAAUGGUGUUACUGGUUUAUUACCACCUUCAUUUGCACUUAGUUUACCAGCUCAAAAUGUAUGUGCAAAGUGUAAUUUAUCAUUUCGUAUGACAUCUGAUUUAGUAUAUCAUAUGCGUUCACAUCAUAAAAAUGAAAGUGUUGGAGAAUCAUCACGUAGACGUCGUGAAGAAAAAUUACGUUGUCCAGUUUGUGAUGAAAGUUUUCGUGAACGUCAUCAUUUAACACGUCAUAUGACUGCUCAUCAAGAUAAAGAUAGUGAUGUUGUUGUUGAUCAUCAUCAACAACAAUUAUCACAACGACAAUCAUCAUCAUCAUCAUCAACAUCAACAACAUUAAUUAAUAAGCGAAGAACAACUUCAGGACUUUCUGUUAUUCAUGGUGCAAAGUGACACAAUUCAAUCAAUCAAACAAAUUUUUAUCUCGAAUAAUUAGCUUAGAAAAAAAAAAAAAACAAAUAUAAAUAAUUGUCUAUAGUUUAUAGUGUUUAAUAAUAAUAGUAAUAAUUAUAUCACAUGGUACUGAUGUGGUCCAAAGGGCUCCUUCUAGUCAAUAUUAAAUUUAAAAAGAAAAAAAUCGUAAUAAA